UCAAGUUAUGGGGACUAGAAAACGAGAAUAUCUGGUGAUUCUGUGGUUGUUGGUGCAUUCUGGGUCGGCCUAUAGUCCUAUACCGGAGAUUGUAGUAUCGGAACCGAAAGCCACAGAAAGUGCAGUUGUUCCUGUUAGUGAAAUUGAUGAGGCGUAUUUCUUACCAAGGAAUACUAUCCCAUAUCACUAUUUCAUCCAUAUACGGAGUCAAGUACAGGAAAAUGAAGCAACUUUUCAAGCGACAACUGAAGUGUACUUUGAAGUUAUCGAACCAAGCUAUACGGUGACAAUGCACGUCAAAGAAUUGGAUAUCAAAUCUGUUGAGUUGCAUAAAGUCGUGGAAAGUGGUAAUCCGGAACUGGUUGAAGUGCCUACGUUUAGUAUCGAUGAAAGGGUAGAACAUAUCACAUUUUUAUGUCGUAAUCAGCUAGUAGAGGGAAAGUAUUUCCUCAAAAUAGCCUAUGCAGGAUUGAUGAACCCUGAGCAAAUCGGUUAUUCAGUGGCUUCCUACCGAAACGAUGCCGAUGAGAUGCGGUACAUCGGAUCUACACAUUUUCAACCGAGUAUGGCACGCCAAGUCUUCCCAUGUUACGAUGAACCCGAUUUGAAGGCCACUAUAACGCUUUGGAUAACUCAUCAUCGCACAUACACCGCAACGUCCAACACCUUGGUGAGUUCGGGUGCUGUAGAUCCGGAUAAUAGAGAAUACAUCAUCAGCAAGUUCCAAACUACCCCGAAAAUGUCAACCUAUCUGUUGGCAUUUGCCGUAACGGAUUUCGCUACUAGAAGCAAAAAUCGAGUACAGGUAGUGGUCCGUAGAAAUGCUGUUGAGGAUGCUAGCUAUGCGCUCGAUGUUGCGGAUAAGAUAUUGACAGCUUUCGAUUCGUAUACCGGAAUUCCUUACUCUGACUUCAUGCAGAAGCUUGCACAAAUAACUAUUCCCAAUCGCGGCACAGGGGCCAUGGAAAAUUGGGGACUGCUCUCAUACGGUGAACCAGCUUUGCUGUUCAAUCCGGUUGUUAACACUUAUCGCUCUCGUAAACAUGUGACAACGAUUAUUGCUCACGAGCUGGCUCACCAAUGGUUUGGGAAUAUAGUCAGUCCCAAAUGGUGGGACUACCUCUGGAUGAACGAAGGCUUUGCUACUCUCUACGAAUAUGAUGCAACGGCUUGGGUGUAUCCAGAGUUGGAGUAUGCGGAAUUGUUCAACGUUGAAGUAGUUCAACGUGCUUUAGCAGUCGAUGCCAGUGAUCAGACAAAGGCCAUGAAUCACCCGGCAGCUAGUCCAGAUGAAUUAAUGGGACUGUUCAAUGCUGUGACUUAUCAAAAAUCUGCAAGCGUGCUCAGCAUGUUCCGUCGAAUUAUUGGGGAAACUUAUUGGCAAGCUGGGAUGAAGGAUUACAUCGAAACUCACAAAUUGGACAACGUGACACCAGAUGAUCUUUAUGAAGCACUUCAGAAAGCGAUCGCAGGGAAAAACGUGAUUCCGACAUCUGUGACCAUCAAACAACUCAUGGAAAGCUGGACAAAUGUCCCUGGAUAUCCUGUACUCAAUGUGAGACGCUUGUAUAAAACAGGUGAAGUCAUCAUCUCACAGGAUCGCUUCCUAGCUGAUAAGCGAUUACCAACAGAUCACAUUUGGAACAUUCCAUACAACUACAUUGAUCAGGGUAUUGCGAAUGACGUUGAUGAGCAGAUUCAUUGGUUGACCUCGAGAGCAGAUAAGAUCUUCACCAAUACACCCGAGGACCAAUGGAUCAUUUUCAAUCGAGAGCAAAUGGGUUACUAUCGUGUAAACUACGAUGAGCGGAAUUGGAAUCUUAUCUUACAAACCCUUCUGACAAACCACAGAACGAUUCAUCGGGCAAACCGAGCGCAAUUGUUGGAUGAUGCUUUCAAUUUAGCUCGAGCUGAUCUGCUCGACAUGUCUCUUGUGUUGAAAAUGAUGCGGUACUUGAAGCAUGAGACGGAUUACGUACCUUGGGCAGCGGCAAACAAUGUUCUCAACUACUUGUACGCUAAACUUCGAGGUACUCCUUCACAUUCUGCCUUUGUUAACUUUGUAACAGAAAUCGUCUCAGAAGUUUACAAGGAUUUCAGUGUUGCCCAGGUAUCUGAGGACGAAUCUACUCUCCACAAAUAUCUUCGACAAACAAUCACUCAUUGGGCUUGUCUAGUUGGCCAUCAGGGUUGUCUUGAUGAAACCUACGAAGCUUUGAAGCGAGAAGUCAAUGAUCACAUCUUAGUGCAUCCGGAUGUGGCCUCCGUAGUAUAUUGCCAUGGAUUGCGAGAUGGAUCCUACGAAGAGCUCUCAUACCUACUGCCCAAAUUCACGACUUCCAAGAACCAAGCUCAACGUUCCUAUCUGAUACAGGCGAUUGGUUGUUCCAAAGACAAACAAAGCAUCAGUGCCGUAUUAACUGUGCUACAGCUUCCGAGUGUUGAAUAUUUAUCAACCGAGCGAGCACAAUUCAUCGAUGCCAUCGUUGCUCGAAGUCAGGAAGGAGUCGAAGCUCUUAUCGAAUACAACUUGAGCACGAAUCCUACAGGAUUGUUGAAUGUUCUUGGACAAGGAACCUUCAACAGCAUGAUUAUCAAGAUAGGUUCACGAGUCAAUAAUCCAACUGAGAGAGGCCAUCUGGAGCAACUACUUGAAGCUUUGAGUGGCGUUAUUUCGGAAGAAACUUCCAAUGAAGCUCGUUCACGUGCCAAUCAGAAUGCCGAUUGGUUCAACACACUGGAGGGUUUGGUCACCGUCGAAUAUCUUGAACAGCUUGCUAUUUGAGUGUAAGCUUAGA